AUGGACCGAAAAAAGGUGUUGGUAAUCGAAGAAUUGCUGACACCCAAAGGGGUGGCUGAGCUUAAGUCGUUCUUAGGGCUAUCCAAUUAUUAUCAAAGUUCAUCUAAUUUUUUUUCCAGAUAA